AUGGCUUUGAAUCCAGAGGACCCCUCUGGUGGGUUUCAGCAUGACACGGUGAUGGCCUUCAUCAACGAGAAAAUGGCCAGGCACGUAAAAGGCCCUGAAUUCUACCUCGAGAAUACAUCUCUGUCCUGGGCCGAGGUGGAGGACAAGCUCAGGGGCAUCCUGGAGGACAGCGAGUUGCCCAGCGAGGCCAAAGAGGCCUGUGCCUGGGGCUGCCUGGCCCUGGGCCUGCGCUUUGCCCACAAGCAGCGCCAGUUACACACAUGCAGGGUGCAGUGGCUACACAACUUCUGCAAACUGCACAAGUCGGCUGCACAGACCUUGGCCUCAAACCUGAGGGAGCUCACAGAGCAGAAGGAGAUGGAGCGCAAGGAGGCGGCCUACCAUCUGCGGCUGACCCAGGCUAAACUGGAGGAGGUGCAGAAAGAGAGGGACCUGCUGAGGUGGAAGCUCUUCCGGGCUGAGCUGGAGUUUGCCAGGGAGCAGGAGCGGGUCGAAGAAGGACCAGGCCUGGCCACUGUCAGUGGGGCUGGGACAGAAAGAGCAGGUGCACCCACACCAUCUGCACCAGCGGCGGCCUUCACUGCAGGAGCUCCAUCUCAGAUGUCUCCCCAUGGGGGGCCCUCUGAUGUUAGACCAAGGUUUGAUGUGGGGCCCCAGGGAAAAGUCCCUGAAGAACCACAAGGAGGCAGAGACGCUGAUCCCAAACAGCAGAGACCUCCAGUAUUUCGCAAGCCCGGGGAUUGGGACUGCCCUUGGUGUAAAGCCGUGAAUUUUUCACGGAGGGAAAUUUGCUUCUGCUGUGGGGGGGGAAUCUGGCUACAGAAACCUUGA